AUGUCUAUCAUCGAAAUUGUUCAAAGCGCUGUUUUGGAUAGUUUUUAUUCUGGUACUAUGAAUCUUCAUUGCUUUAAUACUUUAAUCAUCUUGGUGGUACAGUUACACAGGUUUGUGUCAGGAGCUUUCAAUAAUGAACAUUAUAAUCAAGCAUCUUUUCGUACUAAAAGAGAGCUACAUUUAAGUGAAUUAGCUCGAAUUCUCAACGAAGUACCAACAGUUCAACAGGAAGCUGUUGCUGUAAGACUUUUUGAUACUAUCAUUAAUAUUCUCGAGGAAUCCUAUAAAUUACUACGUGAUAAAGAUGUUCAUAUAGAAACUAAAAAUGAUACCAUAGGACAGGCCUUUGCAUUAACAUUUGAAAAUACCGCUGUUCUCUGUGAUCUGAUCCUACGCUUUCCAGAUGCAUAUCAUUCUAAGUAUAGUCAAAUUAAUAGUGUAUCAAACUUAUUGAAAUGGUCAUUCAAUCUAUUACGUGAAUCGAAGUUGAUGAGUAAAUCAGAUGAGAAUGUUUUACAUUUAACUGAACAAGAAUUGAAUUUUAUCCCAAGGGAUAUAAAUUAUGUUAAUGAGUUCAGUUCACGUCAGAAAAUGAUUAAAGAGAAACUAGAAGCUGAUGAAGCUCGAAAAGCGUCGAAAUUAGCUGCUAAACGUCAAAAACAUGUAAAAAAGCCUCGAAUCACUCCAUUACACAGGGAACUUUAA